UCCGCGAGUUUACCUUUUGUUCCUACUUUUCCAUUACAAAGCGCGCUUUCAAUUCUGUGUUUGCGCCUGUUGCGAGAAGCUGAACUCUGAAACAUUAAUUGCGGCGAUAUUAAUUAAAUAUGUGUGUCUAGAUUAUAUCAAGGAUUACAGCAGAACGAUGGUUCUAACAAGAAGAGCUUUCAAAUUUUCUCUUAAGAUUGCUUCUCUAUUUUUAUGGCUGGUUGGAAUGUGUAUAGGUGUGAGUGGUGCAUUCUUGCUGCUUAAAUACAAAACCAAUGGUGUGUUCUUCAGCAGCUUCUUUAUAAGUCUGCCUGCACUGCUGGCUGUUGUCAGUGGAGUCAUUCUUCUAGGCAGUGCAGCUAUUGGCUGUGCGGUGUCUUACAAAGAACCUUCUUGUUUACAAUCUUUGUUUGUGUAUUUUCUCAUUAUUGUGUGUUGCAUAGUUGGCACUGCUGCUGCAUUGGCAUACACACAUACAGGCAAGCUUGAUGUAGACUUGGCUCCCCUCAAAGAUGUGUUUCAGAGCUAUAAUGGCAACAGCAAAGAUCCUGAUACCAAAGCAGUAAACUCCUUACAAGAUGAGUUGCAGUGUUGUGGUGUUAAGAACUACACCGACUGGAUCGAUACACCCUGGUUUAAUCACAGUGGUAAAUACAAUGUUCCACAGAGCUGUUGCAACAAAAACUUUCACUCCUGCAAUGGAACAUUAGACUUACCUUCACUACUCUAUACUGAGGGGUGUCAAAUUAAAUUUGAGGAGGAAUUACUGCUUGUGCUGCACAUUAUCAUCAUAACAUCUUUUGUGAUUAUCUUUGUACUGGUAAUGUCUUGGAUCAGUGUGGCACCGCUAAUGAGAUAUCCACCUCCACAGGAGUAUCGAAUGCUGGACCAAGAUUAAAGGCCACUGAUGGACCUCCAAUCUUACAUCUUUUCUCCUGAAUGCUGCACGAUUGUUUAAAAUAUAUAUUUUUUUUAUAUUUCACUGUUUAUGUUACUGGUUUAUCAUAAGGUCCACUUUUUUUUUUUUUCUUCUAAAAUUCUACUUUAAACAAAAGUUCAGGGUGCAUCUUCUCACCAAGUCUGUUUUUCUGCCAAUAUUGUGUAUGCACGCACAGCAAGGGCCUUUACUUUGCACAAUAAAAUUGACACAAACUAAUAAAA